AUGAUGGAGAUGAGCUCUGAAGAAAUACCCUCACACGUGACAGCGGCUCGGUUCCUUAAUGCACUCCUGGCUACUGAAGAGUUGGGGCUCUCGCAGCCGAGUACUAGAAGUUUAGCUGCAAAUGUUUUUGCAUUGUGGAUGUGCAGUCCUUUAUUAGAAAUCCAACUAAAACCACAUCAUUGCCCAUGGCGGUUUUGGGCGAACUGGCAGAAGUUAGUACACCGUUAUGGCCACGCUUCAGAGUCGAGACUUAACCGAGAUCAGCCAGUGUUACGACUACAGAGGAAUGUGUUCUUUCCAAAACAUUUAGAAGAAGGAAUUAAGGACUCCCGAAUCCAAGAGUUGUUGUACGAGGAAGCUCGACACAAUGUGGUGACGGGCAGGUAUCCCCUUGAGAGUGCUCAAGCUGUCAUGCUAGGGGGACUGCAGGCAAGGAUACAGCUUGGACCGUAUGAUCCACAUCGACAUACAGCGCGGUUUUUCAGGGCACAGCAGGACAAAUACCUGCCGAAGCACGCUCGGUCAGGUCGCUGGGCGGCGCUUUUACCAGCAGGCCGCAAAGGUAGCCCGGAGGCCCGUCUGCUGGAGCAAGCACAGCGCCCCCCCGCUGCGCCACCUCGUAAACUGCGUCACAAGUACCUGGCUCAUACCAGGACAUUGCCUACCUACGGAUUGAGGAUGAUUCCAAGUAUUACGUACUUGUUAUCUCAGAGACAUGUGGAGUGUAUUAAAACUGCGGCCCUGACCUGGAGGCAACAGGCGGCGUUCUUUCAAGGGCAGAUCGAGCAACCAGUACGGAGUCUAACAAGCUUGCUUACUCACGAGGAUAUUCCAGUGCUCGUUGCUGUGAACUCCAAUGGAGUAUACGUUAUUGAUGAUACUGAAAGCACGGUACUACUGGGUCUUCUCUAUGAAGAGUUGUCCUGGGACUUCGGUCUACCUUCAGACGAUAGCGAGGACUGUUUACCUUGUCUGUUCCUGCAGUUUAUGGUCGUGGAAAAUGGACUGCGAGUGUCAAAAAUCUUACAGGUAUUUUCAAAGCAAGCUAUAAUGAUGGACACUUUGAUCGAGCACUUCGCGGGCGAGUACCGCAAGAGGCUUGGCCAGGAGACACCUAGUGAUCACGCCAAUUACGACUACCAUUCUGAUUCUGGCAGCAUAUCCCUUCCUCCUUUAUCAAGACCGGAUUCUCCUCAACGAAGACUAGCCAACAAAUUGUCUCGCUUAGCCCUAGCUACUCAUGACGGUAGAGGUAAUCUAUUAGGUGGUGCUGGAGAUUGGAAUACAGAUUUGAAUUAUCCACGGCCAUCUUGGAUAUUACCUAAACAUUAGAAUGGAAUGGAUAUUGGGUGGAUCAUUAUACAGAAGAAUACGCUUGCUUUUUGU